AAAAACGAAACAAUAGCAGCAAAAGCAGAAUCAUCAAUAUCUAUGAAUUUGGUUGAAAAAGUAAAUCAUCCACCGGAUGUUUUUGAAAUGUUCACAUUAACGGGAUAUCCGGAUACGGAAUAUGCUCAACAGCGAAAUUUAUUCAAAAUGACGACAAAAAAUCAAAAUAUGCCAAGAAGAGCACGAAAUAACGAUACUGUUUUAUCAGGAAUAUGA